AUGCAACGUGUACGACAGGCCCAGGGAGCUGGACUUAGGUACGACAGGCCCAGGGAGCUGGACUCAGGUACGACAGGCCCAGAGAGCUGGACUCAGGUACGACAGGCCCAGGGAGCUGGACUUAGGUACGACAGGCCCAGGGAGCUGGACUUAGACUCCUCUGGUUUCUACUGGCCCCGUUUCAACGCCGGCCCCACCUCAGUGUGUGAAAGUGACUGUGCGCCUCCUCUCAUCGCACUCACCUUUGAAGACACUCGAUACGGACAAUUAUGA